GCCGCCUGGAUCUGCUCUCAGCAUGAAGAAACUUCUGGUGGGAUUCCUGCUGGGCCUGACAUUCAUGGAGUUGGCCCAGUCCCUGCGAUGUUACACGUGCAAGGAGCCCACAGACAUUUCCAAGUGCAGGACAGCCAUCAUGUGUCCCCCGAAAGCCACCGUGUGCACCACGACGCUGCACUCCAUGGAGACAGGUUAUCCCUUUUUUGGCAACAUCACCGUGACCAGAGACUGUGAGGAGGAAUGCCUCUCCUACGACGGGAUAGGGGCCCAAAAGCCCAAAUCCUGCUGCUACACCGACCUGUGCACGGAUGACAGCAGGAGCAGCAGUGGGGUGAGGAGCAGCCCCGCAGCGCUGGGUCUGGUGGCCAUGGUGGCUGGCACGGUCCUCCAGUGCUCCCUGUGAGGUCACAAGUGCCCCAGCUCCAGCUGAAAGCCCACCACUCCCCCUGCCAAGCUGCCUCAUGAACUCUUAGAUGCUUUGGGAACAUCCUUCUUCUCUGACAUGUGGCUUCACCCGACCUUCAACGCUGGAUUCAAGCCAAGAGUUUGGGCACCUGGACUUAAACCCCUCAAAUCUCCAGUUUCCAGCUGUUUUAGCAGAUGUUCCUCACCUUCAGCUGCUUCUGGUCCUCAGGAUCCUCAGAGAAUGGGUUGAGCUGGAAGGAACCUUCAAGAUCAUCCAGUUCCAACCCCCUGCCACGGGUAGGGACUCCUUCCACUAUCCCAGGGUGCUCCAAGCCCUGUCCAACUUAGCCUGGAACACUUCCAGGGAUCCAGGGAUCCAGCUUCAGCUUCUCUGGGAAUCCUGUGCCAUGUCUGACUGAGAGGAGCAGAUGGAUCUGGGCCCAGUUACUUCCUGAGUGGCAACUACAGAGAUCUGGAGCUUAAUGCCAAGGAUAAACUAAGGAAUGAGUUCAGAAGGGCUCAGCUUCCAUGUGGGAACGGGAUGGAUUUUUGGAAAGCUCAGAGCGCCCCCUGGACUGACAGACCAGGGUAGGUCAGACCUGCAACCCAAAUUUCCAAGUUUGGCCAGACAAACACGCCCCCGCCUCAGCUUCUGCCCGAGCUCAGGUUGCAGUUGGAGCUCCCAGAUUUCCCUUUCCAGAUGUUUUCAAGAUUAUUCCAAGCAAAUUCUUCUCUUACUCUGCCCUCCCUUCAUCCCUUCAGAGCAGAAACUGCAGGAUAGGGAAAAUAAUGGUUAUCCCGGACCCUCAGCUCUGGAGAAAAACCUUUGUAAGUGCUGGGAUCCCAGCUGGGAUUUGCUUGGAGCAGAUGUGGGAUUGUUUCUGAGGCCCUGUCUGCUGCAAAAGCAGCUGGAGUGGAAGCAGAUAUGAAUGAACCAGGUGUGGCCAGCUCACAGAGAGGCAGGAAAUUUGCCAUUCCCUCUGUUCCUAUUGCAAGGGAUCAUCCAGAUGAUGGGGGAGUAAGGGUAGAGUGGAGGACUGGAUACACCCCGUGCACCAUCCUCGUGUGUUCACAGCAUCCCUGCAACCUCCUCUGUGGCAAAGUCUAUUUAUCAUAUUUUUUUUUUUCCCUUUUCCACUCUCUUUUCACAAGAAAACAAAGUAGGGGGCUCUUUUUCCUCCUUGCACAGAGGGAAUAGUUUCUCAAGGUCGGUCUUGGUACCAUUUAGAAGAAAACUCUGACAAUUUUGCAUUCCUUGGCAGAGCUCAGGAGGAUGGUGAGCCCUUUUUCCUGGAGGCGAAACCCUCAGAGCUCCACUAAAACAUUGAAAACCCCCUGGCAAUGCUGAGAUCUACAGGGAGCAAGUGCCAUGGAGAGGAUAAUAGCUGGAAGUUACUCAAAUCCCAGUAUUCCACCAGC